AUGGAGAUGAUAAGGCGGUUAACGCUAGAGCUGCGCAACAAGAAACCGGGCGAGGUGAAGGAGCUGGUCCUUGACAACUGCCUCUCUGAUGAUGGGAAGGUCAUUGGGCUCUCCUCAGACUUCGAGAACCUCGAGUUCCUCAGCAUGAUCAAUGUCAGCUUGAUGUCCAUCUCCAACCUCCCCAAACUCAACAAACUCCGGAAGCUGGAGCUGAGUGAUAACAGGAUUUCUGGUGGCCUUGAAGUUCUAGCAGAGAGAACUCCCAACCUGACACACUUGAACCUAAGUGGCAACAGGAUCAAAGACAUCAAUACCCUGGAGCCCUUGAAAAAGCUGCCCAACCUCCGCAGCCUGGACCUCUUCAACUGCGAGGUGACAACGCUCAUCAACUACCGCGAGAGCGUCUUCACCCUCCUGCCCCAGCUCUCCUACCUGGAUGGCUUUGAUGCUGAUGACCAGGAGGCCCCUGACUCAGACCCUGAAGCAGAUGGGGAUGGAGUGGAAGAUGAGUAUGAGAAUGGGGAAGGUGAGGAGUUCCUUUGUUUGAUUUAUUUUUUGCCCCGCUGGGAAGGUGAGGAAGAGAAUGAUGAUUAUGAGGAAGAUGAUUUGGAUGAAGAGGUCAUUGAUGAUGAAGAUGAUGAUGAUGAUGAUCUGGAAGGUGAAGAGGAGGAGGAUGGAUUAGAUGAUGAGGAAGAUGAGGAUGAAGAUGGUGAGGAUGAUGAGGAAGAUGAAGCUGAUGAUGACCUUCCACGAGGGGAAAAGAGAAAACGAAAUCUAGAGGAUGAAGGAGAGGAAGACCCAGAAGAUGAAGAGGAUGAUGAGGAUGACUGAGCCAAGGGAGCCAAGCAGUUUUACAGACUCUGACUGUGCUUUGUCUUAACCUCCCAGUUGUGUCUAUGUGAGACUGUAAACCCCCAUCUCCUCCUCCUCUUCCUCCUCCUCCCCCCUUUGUAUGGCUGCAGCCUCCACAAUAUAUUUUUUUAAGAUGUAGAAUACUGUAGGCAUUCAGGGGAAAAAAAUCUUCCAUCCAAGGCUCACUUUUUCUCUCACAAGUAUCUCAUGACCAAAGGCUUUUCUCCGUUCUGUGGUUUGUGCAGCAGUUUGCAAAACAAAAGGCAAAAAAAACCCAACCCAAAAAGGACAACCCCCCCAAACAACAAAACAAAGGACAAAAUCUCCCCCCAAAAGACAAAAAAAAUCUUCAAAAAAGACAAAAAAAAUCUUCAAAAAAGACAAAAAAAUCUUCAAA